AUGAGUUUUACCAAUGCUACUACUGCUACAUACAAUGUUUCCUCUUACUCCUCCCCUUGGCAUCGGCUCUCAGGGUUUUUUCUUUCUUUUUUUUUCUUCCAAGUCUUUGCCCGCCGCCUCUCAGCCUAUUACGCUUCAGCCAAUGAACUUUUCUCAUGCUGGCAACGCCCAUCUUCUACUUCUUCACUAUCUGUACCGUCUCUUCUUCUUCUUCUUCUUCUUCUUCUUCUUCUUCUUCUUCUUCUUCUUCUUCUUCUUCUUUACUUUCCCAUUUUAAUGUUUUUUGCCAAUAUGAAUAUCUUACUUUCAUUCAUUCAUUCAUUCUUUCGUUCAUUCUUUCGUUUGUUCUUUCUUUCUUUCUUUCUUUCUUUCUUUCUUUCUUUCUUUCAUCCGUUCGUUCAUUUAUUCAUUUCUUUUUUCUUUCUUUCCUCCGUUCAUUCAUUAGUUUGUUCUUUCUUUCUUUCUUUCUUUCUUUCCUUCUUUCUUUCUUUCUUUCUUUCAUCCGUUCGUUCAUUUAUUCAUUUCUUUUUUCUUUCUUUCUUUGUUCUUUCUUUCUUUCUUUCUUUCUUUCUUUCUUUCUUUCUUUCUUUCUUUCUUUCAUCCGUUCGUUCAUUUAUUCAUUUCUUUUUUCUUUCUUUCGUCCGUUCAUUCAUUAGUUUGUUCUUUUUUCUUUCUUUCUUUCUUUCUUUCUUUCUUUUUCUUUCUUUCUUUCUUUUUUUUUUGUCCGUCCAUUUGUUUGUUCUUUCUUUUUCUUUCUUUCUUUCUUUCUUUCUUUCUUUCUUUCUUUCUUUCUUUCUUUCUUUCUUUCAUCCGUUCGUCCAUUUAUUCAUUUCUUUUUUCUUUCUUUCGUCCGUUCAUUCAUUAGUUUGUUCUUUCUUUCUUUCUUUCUUUCUUUCUUUCUUUCUUUCUUUCUUUCUUUCUCUUGUCCGUCCAUUUGUUUGUUCUUUCUUUCUUUCGUUGGUUCGUUCAUUCAUUCGUUUGUUUUUUUCUUUCUUUCUCCGUUUGUUGAUUCAUUCGUUUGUUUUUAUCUUUCUUCUUUCGUCCGUUCAUUCAUUAGUUUGUUCUUUCUUUCUUUCUUUCUUUCUUUCUUUCCUUCUUUCUUUCUUUCUUUCUUUUUUCUUUCUUUCUUCCUUUUGUUCGAUCAUACAUUCCUUUGUUCUUUCUUUCCUCCUUUCGUUCAUUCAUUCCUUUGUUUUUCUUUCUUUCGUUCGUUCAUUCAGGUUAUCUCUAAUUACAUCCUUCUUUUCCUAUCCUUUCUUCUCUCACUCUUUUCCACUCUGUUUGAAUUUUUCUACUUUCUAUCUCACUCCCUGUCUUUCCCCCUCUCUUUCACUGUCUUUCUUUGUCUCUUUUUGCCUACUUUUUCCCAUCAUUCUCUCCUAUUCUUCUCAUAAUUCAAUUCUUUCCUCAUUUCUUUAUUCAUUAUAUUUUCUGCUCUUUUAUUUUUCUUCUUCUUCUUCUUCUUCUUCUUCUUCUUCUUCUUCUUCUUCUUCUUCUUCUUCUUCCAUAUUUAUUUCUACUCUUCCCAAAUCUUCUUUCUCAUUCAUUUUAUUUUCCUUCCAUUCAUUGUCUGCUUCUCUUUCCAUUUGA